CAGAGGAGAGGAGGAGACCCCCUGUCCUGUCUUUCUUCUGGGAGAGCCGGGAAAGAAGCCUGGAAAUAACCCCUGGAAGAUGGUGGCCAUGAAGACCUUCUGUCUGCUGCUGGUGUCCCUGCUCCUGGCAGUGGCGCUAGGAGAAAAGGAAGAGGGUCACUCCAGAUUCCACACUAAGGCCAGUGGCUCCCAGCCUCGUGGCCCCAGGUACGCCGAGGGGACUUUUAUCAGUGACUACAGUAUUGCCAUGGACAAGAUCCGCCAACAAGACUUUGUGAACUGGCUGCUAGCACAGAAGGGGAAGAAGAGCGACUGGAAACACAACAUCACCCAGAGGGAGGCCCGGGCCCUAGAGCUGGCCCAUCAGUCUAACAGGAAGGAGGAGGCGAGGGAGCCGCAGGGCUCCCUCCCCCAGAACCCCGGUGAUGAUGAUGUGCUAAAGGAUAUACUGACUCGAGAGCUGCUGGCCUGGAUGGUGGAGCAGUUGGAGCUCUGCAGACUCAGGUUUCCGUGACACCGACCAAACCCAGCUCAGGAUUGGACUCUGCCCUUCACGUACUGAGCUCCUGCCCCAGCUCCACUCCAGGAUACCCCAAAGAAACCAAACUAAGUUUAAACCAAAAUAAAAUCUUUGUGCCCAAAGUCAAAA